AUGGCCAUGGACUGGGUGCACCUCAUGGCCAUGAGGUGCGGUCAUGGACUGGGUGCACCUCAUGGCCAUGGACUGGGUGCACCUCAUGGCCAUGGACUGGGUGCACCUCAUGGCCAUGGACUGGGUGCACCUCAUGGCCAUGGACUGGAUGAACCUCAUGGCCAUGGACUGAAUGCACCUCAUGGCCAUGGACCGGAUGUACCUUAUGGCCAUGGACCGGAUGUACCUUAUGGCCUCGGACUGGAUGCACCUCAUGGCCAUGGACUGGGUGCACCUCAUGGCCAUGGACUGGGUGCACCUCAUGGCCAUGGACUGGAUGAACCUCAUGGCCAUGAACUGAAUGCACCUCAUGGCCAUGGACCGGAUGUACCUUAUGGCCAUGGACCGGAUGUACCUUAUGGCCUCGGACUGGAUGCACCUCAUGGCCAUGGCCAGAAUUAA